GGCAGGUGACCCGGCCUCUCUCCACAGGACAGGCUUGACUGAAAGUCGAUUAAGUACUUAGACGACUAUGGACAACGUUCUGGACAAAACGAGCGAUGGCGAUCUAGACGGCUUUUCUGAUAACGAUUUGUCCACUGACUACGACUCUCAACUCGAGGCGGAAACAUGGGAGGAAUCUUUGGCGCGUGUGGAUGCUGAAGAUUGGGAAUUGGCCGAUCGAGAUUUCACAAAAUCAUACAAUCGUUUACGGCAGGCUCUCGAGGUUCGAACAGGCCAAACAACCGACUCUGCAAAGCCUCGUACGUCGACAAUGCCCAUGCCCGCAACAAACCGACCACGACCACCCCAGCCUCACGUUAACGCGACAUCUGGCACAACAGACGCGUCCACGCCCUCGACCAAACAAAGGAAACUCCAAACUGACCAACUGACAGCCCUAGCAAAGUACAAUUCCCGCAUAGCCAACCUCGCUCUUCCCUAUCACGGCCUGGCCGGUGUAGCAGCCAAUCCGAAGGCGGCCAAUGAUCGUUUACCCAUUAAGGAUAAAUCAGACCGUGCAACGAACGAGCAGGUCUUGGAUCCCAGAACGAGAAUUAUCUUGUUCAAGAUGAUUAACAAAGGGUUGAUCGAGGAGAUCAAUGGGUGUGUUAGUACGGGGAAAGAGGCAAACGUCUACCACGCUCUAACACCCCAAGGUCGUCAUAUCGCCUUAAAAAUCUAUAAAACCUCCAUUCUCGUCUUCAAAGAUCGAGACAAAUAUGUCACUGGAGAAUAUCGAUUCAAAAGCGGAUACAGUCGUCACAAUCCACGUAAAAUGGUUCGGGUGUGGGCCGAGAAGGAAAUGAGGAAUCUGAGGAGGCUAGCUAAUGCAGGGAUCCCUUGUCCGGAGGUUUUGGAGGUUAAGCAGAACGUGCUCGUGAUGACUUUUUUGGGCGAUAAGGAGGGGUGGGCUUCUCCCCGAUUGAAGGAUGCGCACGUCCCAGCUGGUGAUGCUGAGGCGUUAUACGUAGAGUUGGUGAUCAUUGUUCGACGACUGUACCAUUCAUGCAGACUGGUCCAUGCCGAUUUAAGCGAAUACAAUCUGCUCUACCACAACUCCCAUCUUUAUGUAAUCGAUGUCUCACAAUCCGUCGAGCACGAUCAUCCAUCUGCAUUCGAUUUCUUGCGUGCAGAUAUCAGGAACGUGGAUGAGUUUUGGACCAGAAGAGGAAUUCAGACGCUCGGAUUACGACGAACAUUCGAUUUUGUGGUUUCGGAUCAGGUGUUGUCGAAUGGAGAGGAAGAAACGAAUGAACGUCUUGAAGAGUAUAUUAGAGCAGAGGUAUUGCGCCUCCAGGAAACGGAGGAGCUGCAAAUACAGCAUGACUCUACCACAGCUUCCGAAACGGUGGUGUCAUCUCCGCCACCGAUAGACCCCUCGUCAGUGAAGCCUCCUCCUUCUGCCACCUUUGAACAACGAAAACAAGUCCGGAUAUCCGAACCGCAGCCAUCAUCAUCAUUACCACCACCACCACCACCUGCAGCUCCCGCCAAAUCCAACCUUCCCAUCCCUCCCCCAACGUCGGCUGGCGAUGAAGCCCUGGAGGAUGCCGUUUUCAUGCAUUCCUACAUUCCACGUACCCUCAACGAAGUGUUCGAUCCUGAGAGAGAUGUCAGGAAACUUCAACGUGGUGAAGGCGACGAGCUUAUCUAUGGAAAUAUCACGGGCGUAGUGGAAGCGAACCGGGCGCCCGUUGCUGACGAGAGUGAGUCGGAGGUAAGCGAUGAGGAUGACGAAAGUGGAGACGAUGACGACGAGGAUGAGGAUGAAGACGAAGAUGGAGAUAAACGUCGUAAACCCCGUGGACGUCGAUACGCGGACAGAGAGGCAAGCAAGACGCAUAAAAAGGCAGUAAAGGAGGCAGCUAGGGAGAAAAGGAAGAACAAGAUGCCUAAAGCUGAGAAGAAGAAGAAGAUCAAGCAAACGAAAGGGAAAAAGUAAUAAACUUUCCAGGCGAUUGGAAGGUGUUAAUUGUAGAUAGCCUCGUUUAUUUUAAAUUCUAGGCAGCUGAACUUCAUCCCCACUUUUCACCCCAACAGCUGGAUGGAAUCGGCUAAAAAUUUGGCACCCGAGUGUUUGGGAAAAAACACAGGAGCGAUUUUUCGGAUGGAACGUUUUGAUGGGUUUCUGAGAAUUUGGAUAACGGGGUUGCGCAGCAUUAGCUAACUGCUCUAAUAUUUUAUAGCCUUGUAUUUGACAUAGAUUACCUGCACAGCAGAGUCACUUCCCCAGCCCACAAUUAGGUAAUUUUUUACACUGAAAAUGUG